AUGUGCGGGAGUCUAUCAAUGUUGUGGUUGAGAAUGUCGACAAGCGGCCGCAGUCAGAGUACUAUGUGGCCUUUCCAACAGACACAACCAACAAAGUCGGCGGCCUCGAAGGCUGGCCAAAGGACUCAGAAGAGAAGAAGAAGUUCACAGUCACCUCGACACGGCAGAUUCCCUCAAGGUGAGCCCUAUUUAUUGCGAAAAAGGGUAGAAAAGAAAAGGGUUCUGACAGUUGGCUAUAGCUCGCAUCAAUACUUCAUCAUACACCUCCAUCAGCCCCUCGAACCGGCCGCAAAGCUGACCCUGACGCUGUCAUACCACCUGCAAUCCGCUCUUACUCCUAUUCCUGCUGCAAUUGAACAGGAUGGCAAGCAAUAUCUCUCCUAUACCUUCCCGCAGUUCGUGCCGUCCGCCUACACCACCAACAAGCAGAAGACGACCGUCAAGUUCCGUGGCACAGAUGUUCCGGACUACACUCGACCUACCACUCUCAAGUCCGAAGAGGACCCUAAGCGUGAGGGUAGCACCUUUACUUAUGGUCCGUACGAUAUGGAAGUCAAGCCGGGCACCAGUGCACCCAUCACCGUCCGUUACGAGUACACUAGACCCGUGGUGACGUGCACUCGCCUCGAGCGUGAUAUCGAGAUAUCCCACUGGGGCGGUAAUAUGGCCACUGAAGACCGAUUCUGGUUCAGAAACGACGCCGCCAAACUCACCAAGCAGUUCUCCCGAGUUGAAUGGACCAAGAAGCAGUUCCACAACGCACAGAGCGUAGCCUUGAACCUGAUCAGAGUGCCCCUUGCUCCAGGGUCUGUCAACCCUUACUUCAUUGACGACAUCGGCAAUGUCUCGACCAGCCGAUUCCUACCGGCUACAGAAACUCGUCUCGGCCUCUUGGAUUUACGCCCACGUUACCCCAUCUUCGGGGACUGGAAGUACAGCUUCAAAAUCGGCUGGAAUAACCCACUCUCCAGCGUUUUGCGGAAACAGAAAACCGGCUCUGGCGAGUCCUACGUCCUCAAAGUGCCGUUCAUUGAGGGGCCAAAGAUUCCUGAGGGUGUUCAGUACCAGGACUUGGAAAUUAGAAUCAUUCUGCCCGAGGGGGCUGAGAACGUUAAGUACGAGAUAGUUGACGGACUGGGUAUUCCCAACCAUAUCCGUUCUGAAAUUUCAUUCUACAAGACCUUUUUAGAUACCAAGGGCAGAACUGUCCUGAAUAUCUCUACUACCAAGGUUGGAGAUGAGGCUAAGGAUGGGUUCAUCAUCGUAACAUACAACUAUCCUUUCCUGGCUGCCUUCAGAAAACCAUUGAGCAUUUUCGGCGCUAUCCUUGCAGUCUUCACUGCCGCAUGGGUCCUGGGUAAUAUUGACGUUAGCAUUAAAAGGAGGUAG